AUGGCUGAAGACAUGAAAAGUGGAGGAACAGGUCAUGGUAUGAUUGUGGAGGUGUCUGAUAUGGAAUCACAUGAUCACUGGGGUCGACGGCUGAUGUCCUCCACAGCUGACAAUGUGACGGAGGAGAAGAACUGCACAGAGCCAGCCAUCCGUGAAUUUCCAGAUGAUAUUUUCACCAACGAUGAGCGGAAGAGCGGUGGUGUGCUGCUGCAUAUCAUAGCGGCUCUCUACAUGUUCCUGGCCCUGGCGAUCGUGUGCGACGACUACUUCGUGAUGUCUCUUGAGAAAAUCUGUGAGAAGCUGAAUCUGAGCGAGGAUGUGGCUGGAGCCACGUUCAUGGCGGCGGGGAGCUCAGCGCCCGAACUCUUCGCUUCUGUUAUAGGUGUCUUCAUCACUCACGGUGAUGUUGGAGUUGGAACGAUCGUCGGCUCUGCCGUCUUUAAUAUCCUCUGCAUCAUCGGAGUUUGUGGGAUCUUUGCUGGACAGGUGGUCUUACUGACCUGGUGGGCUGUUUUCCGUGACUCUUUCUUCUACAUUUUGUCUGUAGUUGCUCUAAUUGUGUUCAUCUAUGAUGACAAGAUUGUGUGGUGGGAGAGUCUGGUGCUGGUGGUCAUGUAUGCUGUAUAUAUCCUCAUCAUGAAAUUUAAUGCAAGCUUGCAGAAGUUUUUCACAAGACGGAGCGACAAGAACGUUGCCAAUGGAAACGCAGCGGCCGGCAGUGAACUGGAGGACGUCAAGUCCAGUAAGGUUUACAGUCGAGGUUCGGUGGUCAUGGUUGAUGAAAUCAUCAACGCCAGUCCUCCAAAUUACCGUUUCCCUGAAGCCGGUCUCCGUGUGAUGGUCACAAACCACUUCGGACCCAAGACUCGUCUGCGCAUGGCCAGCCGUCUCAUUAUAACAGAGCGUCAGAGGUUGGUCCAGUCGGCUAACGGUGUGGAGACAGCUGUGGUGGACGGCAAACCAGACAUCGAGAAUGGAAACGUGCCAGAAGACAAAACCACUGAAGAUAAAGAGAGUGAACUCACCUCACCGUUCAAACUACCAGACGGCUGUAUGAACAGAACUAAAUGGCUGAUCUCUUGGCCAUUGUUAUUGAUCCUGUACUUCACCAUCCCAAACUGUGCCAAGUCUCGCUGGGAGAAAUACUUCAUGCUCUCCUUCAUCCUCUCCACUGUCUGGAUCGCCGUCUUUUCCUACUUCAUGGUGUGGAUGGUGACGAUCAUCGGAUACACGCUCGGCAUUCCCGAUGUCAUCAUGGGCAUCACGUUUCUGGCGGCGGGCACGAGCGUCCCAGACUGCAUCGCCAGCCUGAUCGUGGCUCGUCAAGGUCUGGGAGACAUGGCCGUGUCCAACACCAUCGGCAGUAACGUCUUUGACAUUCUGGUGGGGCUCGGCGUUCCCUGGGCGCUGCAGACCAUGGCAGUCAAUUAUGGAUCAGUUGUGAUGAUAAACAGUCGGGGACUGGUUUACUCCGUGGUGCUGCUGCUGGGAUCUGUCGCGGUCACCAUUCUGGGGAUUCAUCUGAACGGGUGGAAGCUGGACUUCAAGCUGGGCGUCUAUGUGCUGGUGCUGUACGCCGUCUUCCUCUGCUUCUCCAUCAUGAUCGAAUACAACGUCUUCACCUUCGUCAACCUGCCCAUGUGUCAGGACGACUAGACUCCGUAUCCCAGAAUGCACCGUCCUGAUGUCACGAGCUCCGUUCUUGCACUCCAGAACCAUCAUCACCUCAGACUGGAUGAAUGCUAGUCUUCAUUAGCACCAGCGCUUUAUUCGAGCUCCUUUCGUUCGACUCAUCUCACAGUGGAUGGACAAACGGAUACGAUCUUCCACUUCAGCUCAUUUUCCU